AUCCUCGACCCAGCUGCACUUCGUCUUCUACCAACACGGAGUAGUCCUUUGACAACUGCCUCCUUCCCAGCUACCAGCACAUCUCAACCACCGUUCCUGGAGCUGGCAGCAAAUUCACCAUGAAGUCAGUCGCCCUCCUCGCCUCUUGUGCUGCGCUCGCACACCAUGUCGCAGCCCAAGGCGCAUAUCUCUACACCAUCGACAACAGUGUCGUGUCGUCGUCGACGGGCAUGAUCGACUCAGAGCUAGCCAGUGCCAUUAUCGCGCGCAGAAGAGCCCUCACAGAUGACAGAGUGCUGGGGAUCACGAAUGAAGCCCUCCUUCAGGACAUCAAUGUAUACGGAGGAUAUCAGGCGCCUCUGUUCGCCGACGCAGACAGGGAAAAGAAGGAGAGACCGGGCAAAAUGUUUAUAAGGAUAACAGAUGUCGACCUGAACAUCAACGACCUCGACGCAGCGAUGCCUGACCUGUGGAUCCAAGAACCUACGCAGGACCUGCUAACAGAUUUCAAACACAUUCCACGCCGGCACAGAACAGAAGGCAUUUGCGAGUACAUUGUGCCACCGAGCAUGAACACUCCCGGCGCAUACGGCGUCGAAGUCAUUCUUUCAUACCAUCUCGAUGGCGAUACUCUGUGCCUCUCACCGGCCGAGAUUCCGACACUACCCAUCAUCAUGUCUCUACACAGCUUCCUCCCCAGCAAGCCCAAAGAGGUCAAAUCGAAAUUGCCCUCGUUGAUUCGCAUCCUCAAACACUUUUGCGCGACCGAGAACAUCGAGUCCACCGUGCUCUUCUUGCCCUCCAAGCUCUACCCAUCCACGAAGCCCUCCACCCACGAACACGAACACGAGCACCGGGCCCGCUCUGUCCCCGUCCAAAGCAAAGAAGAACUUCUUGAUCUUCCCGCCGCCGCUACAUCUGUGGCCUCGAUCAUCGACGACGUCACCCCGACGAACGCGUCGGCGAACUUCACCCUCCCGUCCGUCAUCCCAAGCUGCUUCUCCUCCAAGUCUGCGUGCGAGAACACCACCAACUUUUGCUCGGGCCACGGCGACUGCUACAAGGCUCACACGAACUGCUUCAAGUGUAAAUGCGGGACGACCCUGGCCAGGGUCAACGAAGACGGGACCAAGAAGACGGUGCAGUGGGGCGGGGCGGCGUGCGAAAAGAAGGACGUCAGCGUCCCGUUCCUGUUGUUUGCCAGCUUCGGCGUCCUGAUGGCCGUCUUGAUCGCCGGCGCCAUCGGCAUGCUGUUCAAGAUGGGCAGUGAGCCGUUGCCGAGUGUCAUUGGAGCUGGCGUCGCCGGUCCCAAGGCUGGGAAGUAGUGGCCCUCUCUCGAACAAAGUUGAAGGCUUGAAAUAAUAUCACUUUUGAAUAACAUACUCGCAAAGCGUGAACCACGGCGCCCGUUGCAGUGUCCCGGGACGUUCAUGUUGUCUCGACUGAGACAUAUGUCUCAUAUAUAAGUCUGUCCAUAUGACAGCAAGGAGAUGCUCGAGGAGUAGGGGUCUCCGGUGCCCAGGCGGUCACUACUGUAUAGAUAUUUGCUGUAUACUCUGAAUGGCGCCUCACUUAGCAUACGAUGAAAAUUGAC